UUUGCUGGCGCGGUGGUCCAAGAUUCAGUGGUAAGCUGCCACUUCGCCCCUAACUUACACAAGAUGGCAGCCGAGACUGAGACUAGGGGGUGUGGGUCAUUGAUGCUCACCGAUCAAAUGCGAAAAGCAUAAGACUUUGCAGCAGCUUGAAAUCUCACUAUAUCUUCACCCUUAAAAUAAAGCUUCCACAUUGCCAAGAAUCUCUCUGAUUCCCUGGUAAGAUGGCUUCUUGUGUUUUUACAUCUUUGCGCAAUGGAUGACAAUUACUUGAAGCUAAUUCUCUAGUUCAAAACUUCGUAGCUGGCCGUUAUAAUGAGCGCUAGGGCUUUCAGUUCUAUUUGUUUUGACCGAGGCUACUCGUGGAAGGUGGAGAAGAUAUCCAAUUUGAGGAAGCAACAAAAGGGCAAACCAUUUGUUAAAUGUUCAUUCAAGUCUAGUAACCAUACUUCACAAAGUACAGUUCGUAUUGGUGUUCUUGGAGCUAGUGGCUACACUGGUGCCGAGGUUCUUCGGCUUUUGGCAAAUCACCCACACUUUGAGGUUACUCUAAUGACAGCUGAUAGGAAAGCUGGCCAGCCAAUUGCAUCUGUCUUCCCUCAUUUGGCUACACAGAAUUUGCCAGAUUUAGUUGCGGUUAAGGAUGCAAACUUUUCUGAUGUUGAUGCUGUAUUCUGUUGUUUGCCACAUGGAACCACUCAGGAAAUAAUUAAAGCCCUUCCCGUGCACUUGAAGAUUGUUGAUCUAUCUGCUGACUUCCGCCUACGAGAUAUAUCUGAUUAUGAAGAGUGGUAUGGUCAGCCACACAAGGCACCGGAUUUGCAGAAAGAAGCUGUCUAUGGAUUGACAGAGAUUCUAAGGAAGGAAAUCAAAAAUGCCCGCCUAGUCGCUAACCCAGGUUGUUAUCCAACAUCCAUUCAACUUCCUCUUGUCCCACUGAUAAAGGCUAAUCUUAUUGAGACUAAAAAUGUUAUUAUUGAUGCAAAAUCUGGUGUUAGUGGGGCAGGGCGUAGUGUCAGGGAGAAUUUAUUAUUUACAGAAGUAGCUGAAGGUAUCAAUUCAUAUGGUGUUACCCGACAUCGCCAUGUUCCAGAAACUGAACAAGGACUCUCAGAUGCUGCACGCUCAAGAAUAACCAUUAGUUUUACCCCUCACCUAAUUCCAAUGAUCCGUGGUAUGCAAUCAACUAUGUAUGUGGAAGUGGCUCCAGGAGCGAGUAUUGAAGACUUGCAACAGCAGCUAAAGCAAUUCUAUGAGGAUGAAGAAUUUGUUUUGGUGUUGGAAAAUGGAGUCAUGCCUCGAACUCAUAGUGUUAGAGGAACUAAUUACUGUUUGAUCAAUGUUUUUCCUGACCGAAUUCCUGGGAGAGCAAUCAUUAUAUCUGUAAUUGAUAAUCUAGUAAAGGGAGCUUCAGGUCAAGCUCUGCAGAACCUCAAUGCGAUGAUGGGAUUUCCAGAAAAUUUGGGUCUUCAUUACCAGCCUUUGUUUCCAUAGUGCAUGCAGCUAAUGAUGAGGACAGAAUAUUUAGACCGAAGUUUCAGCUGGAUGGACUAAUGGAAAUACAUUGUUCAAAUUAUGUAUUUUUCAACAAUAUGUAAUUUUCAUGAUUCUUCUUGAAUUUGGAGAGGGAAUUGGUAGGACACGAAUGUUAGCAGAGCCAAUUCCAUCCUGAGUUUUUUUUUUUUUUAGUGACUUGUAAUGUAAUGUAAUGUUAUUAUGAUGGGUUUUAGGAUUUGUGGAUUAAGAAUAUUUAUCAUCAUGUUGCUUUUUUGUUUUGCAUUAA